AUGGCGUUUGCAGAAUCGUCGUAUAGCGUAGAGGACACGUUCGUCCUGGGGGACAUGAAGGUGUCAAUCCUGAGAUUUUCGGUGCCUCUGGACUAUAAAAAGCCGGACACAACUAUCAGUAUCUGUGUUAAGCUCGUCAACAGCUACAAAUACGGAGAGCCGACGGGUUUCGUUUACGAGGCAGAUAUUUCGCGAAACUUGGAUCACAUACUGCUGUAUCUGCAAGGUGGCCCUGGCUAUGAGUCGGAGUUCCCAAGCGUCGCUUCGAGUCCCAGUUUUCUUUCUCCACUGUUACGUAAGGGGUAUACAGUGCUGCUACUUGACCAGCGCGGCACAGGACUUUCGACGCCCAUACACGUUGACAAAUUGCUGAGUUUUGGGUCUGCUGAGGACCAACUGCACUUUCUAGAGUGUUUCCGCGCGGACUCCAUUAUUCGCGAUUGUGAGCAAAUCCGGUUGGGGCUAAUUGGCCGCUGCAAAUGGACUUUGCUUGGCUACUCGUACGGCGGUUUUUGUUCUAUUUGCUACUGCUCAAUGUUCCCGGAAUCGCUGAAAAAGGUCCUAAUCUUUGCUGGGCUUCCGCCGCUCACAGGGGAUUUGACACAGAUAUCAGUAAAUAAUCUUGCUACCGCUAAGCGGAGGACUCUGGAGUUCUACGAGGAGUAUCCGAGAAAUAAGCUAAGGGUGGAGCGCAUUGUUGAGUAUCUGAGAAAACAGAGACCUGUGCUGCCAAACGGAGGCAUUCUGAGUCCUGAGCGAUUUCAGCAGCUAGGAAUGCAUUUUGCAACUGUCGGCGGUUUUGGAUGGAUGAAUAAGCUGAUUGUCACCAUGACUUUGGAGCUAGAAACCACGGGACAGUUGUCGUAUACCACGCUAAAACUUGCCCAAGACGGAUCUGGGUUCGAUUCCAAUUUGCUGUACUUUUUUUACCAAGAAGCGAUCUACAUGAAUGGCGCAGGGUCCAGCAGCCAAUGGUUUGUCAACAAAAUAAAAGAACGUGUGCAUGAUGACGGAGAAUUUUAUUUCACUAGCGAGUACCACUACCCCGGAAUUUGCGACGAUUUUCAGUCAUUGAGACAUCUGAAGCCGCUGUUGGAGCUUGUUCACACGUACGACAGAUGGGACGAAAUUUGGAACUUAUCGAGGUUGCGCAAGGUCACGCUUACUAAAUUGCCAAUUUACUGUCUGCUCUGCUACGACGACCAGUACGUAAGCACCGAGCUUGCCCUGGCCAAUUCGUCGAUCUUCGAGUUCAAGAGAUGGAUUACCACGGAGUACCUCCAUGACGGGAUCAUCGCAAGCGGCGAGGAGGUGGUGGACAAACUUUUCAGGCUGGUGGAAGGAAGAGUUCCAAAAUAA